GGGCGCAUGGCUACUGUACCACGCGCUCUUUGGGACAAUUGUUCUUAGAAAAGUUUUUCUCCUGAAAGCAUGGCCAAAUAUAAGCCCUGGCAGGUUGGUUGCUGUCUCUGUAUCGGUUUAUUGGGUGCUAUAAUUUCCAUUUGUCUCUGCAUAGUCUUCGAUGUAUUUAUCGACCGAGGAUGCUCCGAGGACACCUUCAAGAACGCGGCGGUUUCUACGGACUCUCAACUUUGCUCAGACAUUGGCAGGUAAAGUAGAGUACGGUCGCUUUGCUUAGAUACACUCUUAGAAAAAAGGGUUCCAAAGGGGUUCUUCAGCUGUCCCCAUUGGAUAAUACUUUUUGGUUCCAGUUAGAACCCAUUUUGGUUCCAGGUAGAACCCUUAACAGAGUUUUACAUGGAACCGAAAAGGGUUCUACCUGAAACCAAGAAUAGUUAUUCAAAGGGUUCUCCUAUUGGGACAGCUGAAGAACCCGUUUAGGUUCUAGAUAGCACCUUUUUUUCUAAGAAGGUACAGUUUGUGAUUUCUUUUAAACAUCUUAUUUGAAGUUUUCACUUAUCAAUAUGUGUUUGGUAAAAUGGCUCAACUGAUCUCUAUAGCUUCAAUAUCCUGUACUGUACAACAUAAAUUGAAAUUUCAUUUUAGCAGGGAUACUCAAUCUUUAAUGCAGUGAUUAUAAUCUGUGUAAACUAUUUAUUUUCAACCGGUAGCCAAGGUGCUGUGAGAUAUAAAAUGUAGACUUGUGAACAGUAAGCAGAUUAAGAGAUUUCAUAGGCUGUCAUGGAGAUUAUGUGCUGUAGAACUAUUCAUUGCUUUGAACCCAAGUGACUUCAACUGUAAAUGAUCAUAUCUAUAGCUUUACUUGUAUUACAACAAAAAAAAUCAAGUGUGCCAGUCAACGGCAAUGUCUGUAAAUUCAGAACAUUUAUGCCUAUAAUAAACAUUCAUGUUUUUUUAUCAGGUGACUUUUCCCCAUGUAUUUUAAACACGCUGACAUUUUUCGUGUACUCAGUGGCUUGAGCUUUAUAUUCCUUUGAUAUAAUCUAGGCCUCCUGUAGCUCAGUUGGUAGAGCAUGGCGCUUGUAACGCCAGGGUUGUGGGUUCGAUUCCCACCGGGGUCAGUAUGAAAAAUGUAUGCACUAACUGUAAGUCGCUCUGGAUAAGAGUGUCUGAAAUGACUAAAAUGUAAAUAAUUCCCAACUUGGCAUUACCAUUUUGUUAAUGAGGGCGAGGGCUACCAUGACCCUAAAUAAGUAGCAUGAAAUCAAGCUUGAAGUUAGCUCCCCAGCAACAGAAAACAUGCAGCUUUGUUAGCUGAGCAGGUAGCGGUAGCACACACACCUUGCUUUUCUGUGUUAUAGGUCAUAAUAUUUCCCCUUUUGGCGAGAUGCAUCCAGCUGCAGGCACGGAGCAACAUGUGACUAAAACCAGCCUGUCACUAAAACCAAUACUAUCGCCAUCUACUGGCCAUGGUUAAUCCCUACCACAUACAUGUGAACUCUUCCAUGUCUUUCCUAGAUUCCUUUCCUUUUUUCCUUUCCUCACUUUCUAGCUCCCUUUCUUUUCCAUCCUUACCUCGCUUCCUUUCCUUCCCUACCUCCCUUCUCCUCCUUCCCUACCUUCCUUUCCUUUCCUCCUUCCAUAUCUCCUUUCCUAGCUCACUUUCCUAACUUCCUUUCCUUUCCUCUGGCUGUGGUUAAUCCUAGGAAAGGAGGAAAGGAAGCUAGGAAAGUUGGAAAAGAGAGGGAGUGAGUAAAUAAUUAUAGGAAAGAAAAGGAGGUAAGGAAGCAAUUAAAGGGAGCUAGGACAGGACAGGAAAGGGAGGUAGGGAGGAAAAGGAAGCUAGGAAAUGAGAUAAGGAAAGAGAGAGAGGGAAGGGAGGUAGGUAAGUUGGAAGAAAAAAAGUUUGGGAACCCCUGCUUUAAAUUGCUCUGGAUAAAUGAGUUCACAUGUAUGUGGUAAGGAUUAACCACAGCCAGUAAAUGGUGAUAUUAUAGGUUUUAGUGACAAGUUGCUGCGGUGCUGCAGCUAGAUACUAAUACUAUCGGCUGCAAAAAUUGUCACUCUUCAGCAAUCCAUUUCCUUCUUCAGUCAUGUGAAACUAUCUUUAUCUUUAGCAAUCAAUGAGGCAUGAAGACACUCAAGGGGUCCAGAUUACCCAACAUGCACCACCUGACUGGAGGAGAGAGGAUCUAAGGACAUUUAUAGUUGGACAUACUUCUGUCUGGCGGGACAUUCCCGCUGAGUGUACAUGUACAAACCAAACAAGCUGUGUGUUGGCACCAUGGCAGAUCCCCUCUACUGUCCCCUAUAUUGUUGUUUAACAAAGACAGGAAAGGAGAAAGGACACAAGGCUUUUAAUAGCUGUAUCAUAAUAUUUGUGUGACCCUAUUUUAAUGACCCGGAAAUGUCCUGCCAGAUGUCAAUAAGGGGUCCUGGCUUUCACCUGGAUUCACUUAGUCAGUAUUUAUCAUGGGAAGAGCCGGUGUUCUUAUUGUUUUGUUUGCUCGUGUAGAUGUAGGAUCUGUUUCACCAGUGAGCCCAUGCCAAUAAUACUGUUCCAUUAACAGGAAAUGGCGAGACAACAGUAGAAACAGAAUUCCAGUGAAUACUUCACUUGAACUUGUGUUCUUAGACUGAGGAGAAAAGUAUUGUGUUUUGAAUUUUGCUCCCAUAGAGAGAGGUUAUAUAGGUAUAUUAGAUUAUUUGACUGGGUCCUCUUUGCUUUCUAUCUGAAAGAGUAACUUGUUCUUUUCAUUCAAUGACCCCCAGGCAAAUUCAUCAGUUGGCAAAUGUUUGUCAUCCUCAGUGAUUAUGACCAUCUUUAUUGUAACCCUGAUCAAACAACUUCUGUUUGUCAAAAAAGAAAAUCCUCCAGCGACCAAAGUGAAAACAGGGAUCCAUAUAAAAGUAACGUGUUAGAUAUAAUGAGUGGUAGUCAGAAAUAGUCGGUUUCCUCUGUUGGCUGAACUCUGGGGGUGAGACAUUGUGCAUGGCCCAAACUUGCCUCUUGGCAUGUGAUUUGUCAUUCUGACUUUCCCUAGAACUUAAAAUAAGUCUCAGGUCAACAGUAAAAUUACUCAACUACAGGAAACUGAAGUGUGUGUGUGUAGCCUAUGCACGCACAGUCAGUGUUAUACUGUCAAGUAUUGUUUUAUAGUGGAGCAUUUAAGUUAUACUGAGUGCAAUGUGUGCUGUGUUUCCAGAGACAUACUGCUACAAGGAGGGUCGGCAGUAGAUGGCGCCAUUGCAGCUCUGUUGUGCACCUCACUGGUCAAUCCUCAGAGCAUGGGCCUGGGAGGAGGCUCUAUAUUCACUGUUAGGGACGAAAUUGGUGAGUAUGUUCUUUACUGUUUUUUGCUUCUGUGUUACUGUACUGUGCAGGGUUCAGCCAAUAAUGUUUGGUGGAAUUGUGUAUCCUCUACAUCUCUAUCUAUCUAUUCUCAGGUAAGGUGAAAACCUUCAGUUCGAGAGAGACUGUCCCACAGUUAUUCAAAGCUGACCUGCUGAAGGGCUGUCCCACAUCUUUCAAAUUUAUCACAGGUAGGUAGACUUGCCAAUCGAUGGAGGAAUUAAUGAAUGAAUGGAUUGAUGGAUGGAUCAAUAUACAGUAUGAAUGUGUAAACAUUGCAUGACAACAAUAACUGAUUCAAAUAACUCCAAGACCACUAAAAUAGUAAUGUCUUUUAGCCUUUCUAACAUCAAAUGUGAACAAACCACAAGCCCAUUUCGGUAUCCCUUUCAUUUCUACUCUUGCUCUCUGUCCUGGAUUGUGGCAUCACGUCUCUUUUUGCUUGUGUUUUACGCCUCUUCUGUCUCUGUGGCCCCUGGUAGGUAGUCAAUGGAUUGGUGUUCCUGGAGAGUUGCGUGGGUAUGAGGUGGUUCACAGACAGUAUGGGAAGCUGCCCUGGGCCAAGCUGUUUGAGCCCACCAUUAGACUGGCCAGAGAGGGAUUCCCUCUGCCGCCCUACCUGGGACGCCUCCUUAACAUCACAAUCAUAGAAAACCGGGUGAAAGCAACAUCACUCUGGUAGUACAACAUCUCACACUUACACACAGGAACUCAAAUGUGUUCGAUUUUGUUUUCAUUCUAACCAUACUCCUACCUCAAACAGGCAUUUGUCCAAAUGAAAAGUCAGCAAAGUUGUUUCAAAGUAUCUGUCAGAAAAGUCCAGAUAUCCAGUCCUUUUACACUAGCAAUGAAGCUAAUAAUAAGCUCGUUCUGCUUUAUCCGUUGGCUCAGACCAAGUUCUCAUCCGUAUGGUUGUGUGAUAUUAUACACAGACAGACUGCAGAGGCUUUCCUAAAGCCCAGCCCUGGGAUUAACAUCAAAGGGGGUCGUCUCCCCUUAGCUCCUCUCCCUCCCGCUCUCCUCCCCUCUCUCCUCCUCUUACAGAACAGAAGUGUAAGCAGUAGCACAGGAUCUGCAUAGAGAAAGUGCCCUUGGCACCCCAGCAGAUGGAGAGGGGGAUUCACAUAUACUCAGGGAUCAUUUGAGAUGCUAAUGGGUUUGCACACGCUGCUUAGGAAGGGAGAUUUUUAUGAAACUAGGUCGUAAACAGAGAUCUAAUGUUUGUUUGUUGACGGUAGCUAAUUCUCUGUUCUAUCCCUGUAAUCCAGUGAAGUCGCAUUACAUCCAUAUAAUAGGCUAUGGCAUUGGCUACAUGUGCAUGUUUAUGUUUGUUCUCUGGUCUUUUCCCUGUUUAUGGUUGCUAUGGUAUAAUUAAUGCAUUCCCCUCUUCCAGUGAGGUGUUCUGCAACAAGAACAAAACGGUGCUGGGCAUGGGGGACACAUUGAAGUUCCCUAAGCUGGCGGAAACCAUGGAAACCAUUGCAGAACAAGGAGCGGAUGCCUUUUACAAUGGCCAAAUUGGACUUGACUUGAUCCAAGAUGUAAAAGCAGCAGGUGGGUGAGGUUUGUGUGUGUGAGAGAGAGAGAGAGACUCAAAAAUGUAUAUGAAAACGCCAGCUUGUUAUAUUUUCUUGUCUGUGCUAACUUGGUUAGACAUAUUUUGCUCCCCAUUAUGUUUUAGGUGGGACUCUAACCAUGGAGGAUCUGAAGUCAUUCCGAGUCAGAGUGGAAGAUGCCUGGACAGUUCCUCUGGGAGAUUACCAGAUGCACAUCCCUCCACCUCCAGCAGGGGGAGCCAUGCUUGCCUUUAUUCUCAACAUCAUUAAAGGUGCAUAAUAAAAUACUUUCUCAAGUCAUCGUGGUAGCUCACAGUCAUUGAACUUUUCCAAAAUGUCUCUUCACCAGGUAGUAGAGAUUUGAAUGGCUGUUUGUGACCUUUCCCAGGGUUCCAUUUCACCUCCAGGUCCAUGGAGGGGGACCAGAAAGUCCUGACCUAUCACCGCUACAUAGAGGCAGCUAAAUUUGCUAACGGACAGAGGAGACGCGUCCGCGAUCCUGUCUUCAACACUAAAAAAGUAAGGAUCUGAGAGAACUGCCUGUCUUUAAGUGUAUUCUGUACUUUCACUCACUAAUAGGUGAUUUUUUAAUUUUUAUAUAUAGGAUGCAUCGUAUAUGGUGGACUCAGAUUUUGCUGAUCGGAUCAGGGUAAUGAUCAGUAAAAACCGUACAUAUAACGACUCCUACUACAACAUCACACCUUCCCCUGACCGCUUUGGGACCACACACGUGUCAGUCCUGGCUGAAGAUGGAUCUGCAGUCUCUGUCACAAGCACCAUCAACCAAAUGUGAAUCUCUACCCUCACUUAGAUAGAGAACAUUGCAGAACAGUAGCUACAUCCCUCUAAAUAGAACACUGUCUACUGUAUUAGAACACAAUCUCCUUCUAAAUAUGAAUAUGACGACAGUCCUGACGGCAAACAAACCAGCUAACACUGCAGCUUUUGGAGUUGUAUACUCUUGACUCGGCUAACAAAACGGUCUUCCUUUCUCUCCUUGCAGUUUUGGUGCAGCAAUUUACUCUCCUAGAACAGGCAUCAUCCUUAACAAUGAGCUGGCUGACUUCUGUUUUAGAGCAGAGGGAGUCAGUGCAGGUAGAUUAAAUGUUUUUAAAUGAAUGUAUCACUUAGGUCUAACCUCUAACUGGUAUUCAUGGGGUGAUAUCCUAUUAUAUAUGUCUAUGGGUGAUAUCUGUGUAAUGAUUAUAUCUAAUUUCUCACAGGUGAACAACCUCCCUCUUCAAUGGCUCCAGCUAUACUGAGCUCCAGCUCUGGGAAAAAUACCCUUGUAAUUGGGGGAUCAGGGGGCAGCAUGAUCACCACCGCCAUGGCCCUGGUGAGUCUAGAUUCAAUUUCUACCAAUUUCACAAGUCUGACCGUUCCUUCUCAACCCAUCACCAUCUGAAAAACUGAGAAAGGGAUCCAUAGGGCCUCAUCAAAUGCGUAUCUCGCUCUCUUUCUCUCACUCUCCUUUCAGUCAAUCAUGAACCACCUUUGGUUGAGGAUGAGUUUGAAAGAUGCCAUUGCUGCUCCUGUAGUGUUUGUCGACGGCAACAACAACGUGAAGUUUGAGCCUGGCUUUGAUAAGGUAAUUCUCCCCUGUUCUUAACCAAUGAAAAUGACAGCAAAGGUCACUGCAAUUGACUGCCUGAGAGCAGUGACCAUUUGAGAAAUGUACACUGAAUAAGUGUUGCUUCAUCGCAAUCAAAUCAUGAAGUGGGAUGAGUAAGGGACUGCGAGUGGUGCUUAUUUUCACCCUGACUAACUGUCUGUCUGUGCUUUCAGUCUGUGAUAGAGGCCCUUAAGGUAAUUGGACACAGAGUGAUGGACUACCCAUACUUCUUUAACGUGGUCAAUGCUGUGGCCAAGGAGGACAGAUGUAUCACAGCCGUGUCAGACGGCAGGAAGCAGGGCAAAGCUGCUGGCUACUGACCAAUAGAAAACCAGGACACUAAGAGGUUACCAAGACCAGGUAUGCCCUUACUCAGGUCUACAGACAAAUAGUAGGCCUCAGGUUACUGCAGUAGGUCCAAGGGGAUCAUCAUCAUUUUAGUGAGAUUUAUUUUUAUAGUUAUCUUUAUAUAUUAACUAUUUUUCUAAACCAACAGUCCAUGAGCCUUAAGAAGAAUCAAAUGUGCCUCUUGACAAAAGAGUUUGGGCUUUUUUGGGGCCUCUGACUUUGGCACUCAAAUGGAUGGAGUUUCAAAUUUAACCAAGUACAUACAGUACAUGUUUGUUCUUGAGGACGCAUACAGUACACAUACAAUAUAGCACAAGUGAGGUCCUGAAGGAACUGACAUGGGAACAGAAGGUUAGUACAGCCUGUCAGCCUGUGGUAACAUGGGGCUCAUGCUGUGACCACAAGAACCUGUC